AUGGCCAACAGGCCAUUAUUUUCAAUCACAAAAGAAUUCAUCUUGAAAUUCAAUCAAACACAAAAUCCAGAGGAGGAGGAAAAAUUGUUGGAACAAGCUAGAAGAAAUAUUCUCAGAUGUAAGAGAAAAUUGGGUCUCAAAACCUUGGGCUCCGGGAAGCAUGUGCAUCUUCCUGCUGCAUGGACUGAAGUAAUGUAUCUGGCUCAAUGUAAAGGAGAAAUCCAAGAUGAAGCUUUAAAUAUGCUUUAUGCUUCCCUGGACCAUGCUUGCUUUGAAUAUGAUCAUCUGCCUGCCUUAUUUUUUAUUGCGGAAUCACUUUUAUACAGACUCUGUUGUGAUGCAUUUCAAAAGGCAUACUUAUAUUCAGUUGAAAUACAGCUGGCAAAGAUUGGCUAUUUGGUCUUCUUACGACUUUUUAUAUUUUUCCUGCAUGGUCACCUGGAAAGUUUUAAACAACAUCUCCUUAGGCUUCAGCCGUAUUUAUAUGCACUUUCUCUCUCUGGAGCAUCAUAUCACAAAUAUCCAAACAUCUUUUCAAAUGUACAGUUCAUCCUGAAAACCUCGGAAAUCAUAUGUAAAAGAGAACUCCCUUCUGAAUCAAUUUUUGGUCCCAUGGAAAAUAAGGAAAGAUAUGAGAACAUAGAUUCUGAUACGGAAAACUUGCAAUUUAGUCAAGGAGGAUAUGAAGUUAACCACCUGCUCUGGCACUGUGUUGCUGCUUGGUCUUGUGUUCAGAAUGAUAGUCCUCAGUUGAAUAAUGUGCUUCAACAUCUCAUCUUCCAUAAAACACAGCUUCAAAGAAAAUGCUGGUUGGAUUCAGCACUGGCUCUGUUGGUUCUUGGGGAGGCUGCGAAAUUAAACAUGGCCUGCUUGAAUGCUUUAAUGAACCUAGUGAAAGAUUUUCUUUUCAGCAUUAUGUCUGUUCAGAAUCGGGAAGAAGCCUGCAAGGUAAAUGACUUUUCCUGGGCCUGGAAUAUAGUCUACCUAUAUACAACAAUUCUUACAGAAAUCUGCUUGUAUGCAGCCACUUCUGAUUUGAGAAAAACUGCUCUUAUUGGUUUCUGUGACUGUAAAAGUUCACUAAAAAAUAUUUUACCCAUGGACAAAUCAGAAGAACAGCUGGAAUUAAGGGAAACAAGUAUUUUAAGUCUUUUGGAAUAUUUCUCUUCAAAAAUAUCAGAUAGUUGUGAUCAAGUGGUCUGGACUGGAUACUAUGGCUUAGUGCAUAACCUGGUAAAAAUGUCAUGGGAACUUCAAGGAGAUGGGGAAGAGGAUGGACUUAGAAACACAAUAUGGCAAACAUUACAGAAAAUAAAGGAUUAUGAGACAGAUGCACGAAUCCAAAAUGCAAUAAAUGUAGCUCAGGCUGAGUUAAGUGACACAAGUGAUCCUUUCACUAGAUAUAGUACAAAAGUGCCAUCAAACGUAGAGAAAGAAGUUUUCUCCAAAUAUAUUGGAUGGAGAAUCUCCAGUGCACUUUCCAAAUUGUUCUUUUCCUCCAUUGAUGUUCAUCUUCUUCCUUUGAAGAAACCAUCGACAAAACGGGAUCAAAUGAAACACCUGAAUAAAAAGCAGAAGUCCAUAAAGAGGAGAGUUCUACAUUUUACUGUAAGGGAACAUCCUUCUGUAUCAGAACUUCCCAUGUUUCCAUACCCAGAUUUCUUCACCAAGGCGGAUAAAGAAUUGGCAAAAAUCAUUGACCAUCAUUGGCAGAAAGAGCUAAUGAUCCGACAGAAAGAAGAUGCAAUAUGUGAGGACAAAGAACUUAAAGAUAAAGAGUUACAGGAGAUAAAACACUUCCAAGAAGUUAUGAAGAAAAGAGAAGAGAAACUACAUAAGCAAACCAAACCCUAUGAGCUUCCUCUUAGGACUGAAGAAUUUCAUUAG